AUGACAGAAGAAUCUAUCAAGCAAGAAGUCGUAGAUUAUGCUUACAAAAACUUGAAAGGAAUCCCAAAGGGAAAUAAAGAGUACGAGAAAAUGAUUCUGCAGCUUCCUUACAAUUGCAAUGACCAUGAAUUAUUAAUGGCAAGAAAUUUAGCGCACGAGAGAGCUAUUGAUUACUCCGAUAUUAGAUUGAAGAAUUACGAUUUUGAUCCAGAAAAACACUAUGAAGCAAGAGAGAAGUACUUGAGAACUAUAUUUGGCAGGGUAGGAGAGAAUAGUUUUAUUGAAGCUCCAUUUUUUGUCGAUUAUGGAUUCAACGUCAGUUUUGGCAAGAACUUUUAUAGUAACUUUAAUUGUACCUUUCUUGACUGUUGUUUGAUUGUUUUCGGCGACAACUGUUUGUGUGGCCCCAAUGUUACAUUCUGCACACCUACACAUGCGAUCGACCCGGAAAGAAGAAAAGCCGGCGAGGAAUCAGCUGGUCCAAUUACGGUGGGUGAUAAUGUAUGGUUCGGUGCAAAUGCUGUUGUGUUGCAGGGAGUCACGAUUGGGGAAAACAGUAUUGUCGGAGCAGGUGCUGUGGUCACUAAAGAUGUUCCUGCCAAUACUAUAGUAGUCGGUUCUCCAGCUAGAGUUGUAAAGCAUCUUACUCUGGAGCAAGAUAAAGUAGAGGCAGCUAAUCAUUUGACUUGA